UGACACCACUAAUGGCUGCUGAUCAGACAGAAAAAGAAGUGUUAGCAUUAUCAUCAGCUGACAUUGCCAGUGUCAUGUAUACCACAUAUCAGUUUCUAUAUUUUAUACUUUUCACGAUAUUUCACAAUCUUUAAUCAUUUGUUGAUGUUUGAGAGCAGAAAAUUAUAAGGGAGGGGUAAUAUCGGUGUUCAGCAUCAUUAUUAGAAAAGACACAUUUAUCACAAUGUAGCAGGUAACCAUAGACCAUAUAUAGACAACAAACAACCUUGAAAGAGAAGAAAGGACAUUUGCAAGUAGAAGGAAUAUGAGUGAAAGGCAGCAGUGUUUGAGGGUUACGUAAAGCAGACAGGGAGCGAGGAGACGAGGACUCGGUGACCCCAGCAGCAGUGUGGAGGGGUGCAAGGGGCCCUUAUCUGCAUGUCCUGCAUUGAUCUGCCUCCAGCAUCCUGCAUCACCGCACCCAGACGUCCUACAGUCACUAUUAUAUACAUGUAACCUCGGAUCAGAAUGGCACAACUACACAGACGCACAAUGUCCCUUCGAACAAUUCUCCCACUGAUGAAACUGGGGGGAGGGGUCUGGGAACAAACUGUGACAAAGACUGCAAUACCUGAAAUAAACAGAAACUCCAACAUCAUUUGGAAACCAUCAUGUCGAGGCAUGAAGAUAUACACUCGAACAGGUGACAAAGGUGUAACUUCUCUCUUCACUGGUGAGCGUCUUCCUAAGAAUACUAAAUUCUUCAAUGCACUUGGAACAACAGAUGAGCUGUCCUCCCAUUUAGGGUUGGUGAAGGCAUAUGCUGAAGAGAAAAGGCAUGAAUAUGUCGAUCAACUGGAGAGGAUCCAAUGUAUUCUUCAAGAUAUUUCCAGCCUUUUGGCAACUCCACGGAACCAGGAGAUUUCAGAUGAUCCUGAAAGAGAAGCUAGAGUGUUGAAGAGGCUCUCAUUUAAUCCUCGUCACAUCACAGAACUAGAGCAAUGGAUAGACAGAUAUGACUCUCGCCUUCCUCCCCUUACCAACUUUAUUCUGCCCGGUGGUGGGCAGGUGAGUGCAGCAUUACAUGUGGCCCGCACUGUGUGCCGUCGUGCAGAACGAGAAAUUGUUCCCCUAGUUACUGAAGAGUUGGUGGAUGACCAAGUUCUGAGUUACGUCAACAGAUUAAGCGACUACCUCUUCACUAUCGCAAGGUAUGCUGCUUUCUUAGAAGGCAAAAAAGAAACUAUAUAUAUUCAACCAAAAAUACGUGCAUCAGGAAAGAUCAAAGACAAAGUACAGGAAAAUCAAGAAAUACUUCAAAGUGAUGGCUGAUCAACAUGACAUUGAAAUGCACCAAGGUAUGAAAUGAUUACAUUAUAAAAAUUGUUUCUUGAUUCUUUACAAAAGGCUGUAAUCAUUUAGUAAUCUAAUUCAUUUUGUUUUUUUUAUUUUAUUGCUCAUGGAGUUAGUGAUAGGGAAUAUUAGAUAACAAAGUUGUGCAAAAUAGUGGAGUACAUGAUUUAUCUUUAAAUAACUCAGGUUAGAGACUUUUUAUACAUAAUAUUUUUGUAUUUAGUUUUGGAUGGCUGCAGUCAGUCUGAAUUGUUUUAUUUGUUAUGUUUGACUGUCAGUCAUUCACUUUGGCAUAUUUUGAUCCUAGUCAGUACAUUUUGCAGCUUGUAUAUUAGUGCAAGAAAUGUACAGUGUGCAAUAUAGCAAAAUGUUUUUGAUGACAGUGAAGUGUUUAAUGUGUCCAUACUUGAUCAUUAUCCAGUAACCAAUAACAUAGAAAUAGUUACCAAA